AUGGACGACCGCGAGGAAAAAAGUGCAUCCCAUUCAAGGGAGACAAGCAACCUCAUCCAAAAGACAGAAGCCAAGGCCAAAGAAGCCCUCACAGUACUUUGGCACGACCUUCCCACAUGGAUGCAAGACAAUCACUACAUUCAGAGCGGGUACCGGCAACCUUCGAACUCCUACUCUAAGUCUGCCGCUAGUAUUGGCUACUUGCACAAUGAGAGUGUCAACAUCUGGACGCACCUGAUCGGAGCGGUGCUCGCUGGGAUUGCCGCGAACGUCCUAUUCCUGGCCGCGAAGCCACGCUUUCAAAUGGCGACUAGCGAGGAUGUCAUGGUCUUCUCAUGUUUCUUUGCCGGAGCUGUGGGCUGUCUUGCUAUGUCGGCAACCUAUCACACGAUAUCCAACCACUCGGAGGCAGUAGCGAGGUUUGGCAACAGACUGGAUUACAUAGGCAUCAUAUUCCUAGAAUGGGGGAGUUUCAUCCCUUCGAUCUACUAUGGAUUUGCGUCUGACCCUGGAUUGGUGAAAGUGUACUGGUCUAUGGUAAGACACAUUGCGAAGGAAGCAGCUCUGCAUCCAGCUAAUGCAAGUUUCAGAUCACCACAAUUGGAGCUGGUACACUCGUUGUGAUCAUGCAUCCAAUGUUUCGAUCACCAGCCUGGCGCCCCUUCCGAGCUUUUAUGUUCGUGGCAAUGGGACUCAGCGCGGUCGUUCCGGUUCUGCAUGGCCUCCAGAUGUAUGGUUACCGUCGACUUGAACAGCAAAUCGGCCUCACUUGGCUUGUCAGUCAAGGUGCUCUGUAUAUCCUGGGAGCUGUUCUCUACGCGGUGAGUGAUAACAACUGUGAAGCUGAUGCCAGCGCACGAGCUGACUGUUUGUAGGCGCGGGUGCCAGAGCGCUUCAGUCCAGGUUCAUUUGAUAUCUGGGGCAGCUCACAUCAAAUCUUCCACGUUCUCGUGGUCCUGGCAGCUGCGUCUCAUCUCGUUGGAUUAAUGAAAGCUUUCGACUACGAGCACAGCCUUCGAACUAGCGCAUCUUCCAGCUCUUUCAACUCUUGGUAUUUGUUUGGCGGCCGACAAGAUUGA